UCGAAUCAAACUGGCUUAGCCUAGCAUUCCUAAGCCCCUAGCAUUCAAGACUACCUGGCCCUCCUGGAUCUACUUCCCGUUUCUCACCUCCCCACCUCGCCGCCGCCGCCGCCCAUCUCCGUCACCCGACCCCAGCAAUGAUCGCCGCCGCGCCAUAGCCCACCGCAAGAUGCCCCCGCCCGCUUCAACGCCGCUCCCCCGCCUCCUCGCGGCCAUCUCCGCCGCCGCCUCAUCGCCCGCUGAUCUCCGCCGCCUCUCCCACCUCCUCCUCUCCCCCUCCGCUCCGCUCCCCCCGCUCCGGUGCCUCAACAACCUCCUCAUGGCGCUCGCCCGCCACCGCAUGCUCCCGGACAUGGAGUCCCUCGCCUCCCUGAUGCCCGCGCGCAACCUCCGCACGUAUACUACCCUCAUCAACGCCUACUGCCUCGCAGGCGACCUCCCUGCCGCGAAGCGGCACCUGUCCUCUCUCCUGCGCGCCGGCCUCGAGCCUGACUCCCACACCUACACAUCUUUCGUCCUCGGGUACUGCCGCGCGGGGCUGCUCGCGCACGCCUGCAGGGUGUUCGUGCUAAUGCCGCUGCGGGGGUGCGCGCGCACCGCGUUCACGUACACGGCGCUGCUCCAGGGGCUGUGCGGUGCCGGAAUGUUGCGCGAGGCGAUGGCGGUUUUCAUGGGGAUGCGGGCCGAUGGGUGCACCCCUGACUCACACGUGUACACCACGAUGGUGCACGGGCUGUGUGGGGCGGGGCGAGCUGGGGAGGCGGAUGUGCUGCUCGCAGAAGCAAUGGAUGAGGGAUUUAAGCCUAAUGUGGUUGUCUACAAUGCGCUGAUUGAUGGCUACUGCAAUACGGGAGACUUGGAGAUCGCAGUUGAGGUCUUUGAGGGAAUGGAUGGUGAAGGGUGCUCGCCCAAUGUCCGUACGUAUACUGAGCUGAUUUGUGGGUUCUGCAAGUCCGGGAAAGUAGAGAGGGCCAUGGGUCUGUACAGUCGGAUGAUUGAGGCGGGUUUGGCACCAAAUGUGGUGACAUACACAGCCUUAAUUCAGGGGCAGUGUAACGAGGGGCACUUGGAAUGUGCUUUUAGACUUCUUCAUUCAAUGGAGGCUGGUGGGUUGGUCCCUAAUGAGUGGACUUGCUCAGUGUUGAUUGAUGCUCUGUGCAAACGUGGGAGAAUUGAGGAAGCUCGGUUGUUUCUUGGGUCUCUUUUUCAGAAGAGAGUUAAAGUGAAUGAGGUUGUCUACACCAGCAUGAUAGAUGGAUUGUGCAAGGCAGGAAAGUCCGGUGAUGCUCUUGAUCUGAUGAAGAAAAUAAUCCCGGAGGGGUUUGUGCCCGACGCCCACAUGUACAGUUCACUUAUUGAUGGACUAUGCAGGGAAAAUAAGCUGUCAGAAGCAAUGUUGCUGUUGGAUGAUAUGAUGGAGAAUGGGGUACAAGCUAAUGCUGUCACGUAUACCAUUCUAAUUGAUAAGCUACUUAGGGAGUUUGGGUCUGAAGGUCCAAAGAAUAUAUUUGAUAAGAUGAUUGUAGCAGGUGUUAAGCCCGACGUUUUCACUUACACUGUAUUUAUUCGCUCGUAUUGUCAAGAGGGAAGGAUGGAAGAUGCUGAAUCCAUGAUAGUUCAGAUGAUUGAUCGCGGUAUUUUCCCUAAUUUAGUCACAUAUAACACACUGAUUAAAGGGUAUGCAAAUCUUGGACUAGUGAAUCAGGUGUUUUCAUCUUUCAAGAGCAUGGUUGAUAAUGGGUGCAAGCCAAAUGAGGAGUCCUACACAGUUCUGCUUAGACUGCUGGUAAAGAAAAAUUCCAGUGACAAUAUCGUUGCCAACUCUGUUAAUAUAUGGGAAAUAGCUGACAUGAAAUUUCUCCAGGGACUUCUGGAGGAGGUGAUUAAGCUUCAGUGCACCACAGCCACCUAUAUUUAUGAUUGUUUUAUUAGAUGUUUAUGCAGAUUUGACAGAUUUGAGGAAGCAAAAACUUUUCUCAUUGGAAUGCAGACUGCUAACUUGACCCCAAGUGAGGAUGUAUAUACCUGUAUGAUAGAAUGUUGUUGCAGACUCAAAUUGCUAAAAGAAGCUUUGACAUUUCUUGAUUCAAUGGCCAAAAGUGGCUAUUUACCACAUUUAGAAUCUUACAGGUUUAUUAUUUGUGCUCUUUGUGAGGAGGGCAGCUUUCAUACUGCUAAACAAAUUUUUGGUGACAUAUUGUCAAAGGAAUACAACUGCGAUGAGGUUGUUUGGAAAAUUUUGAUUGAUGGUUUAUUACAAAAGGGAAACGCUGCUGACUGCUCUAGCCUGCUAUCGUUUAUGGAGGAAAAGAAUUGUCGACCUAGUGCUGCAAUAUAUGCUAGGCUUCCAGGUGAAAUAACAGCUGCAGGUGAAGUUCAGGAAAUUGCUAGAUGAAUUUGGACCAAUCAACCAACCGUUGCGUUGAUGUUGACGGGCUAUUGCAGAAGCAUUGCAACAGUAAUUCAGUAAGAAAUGCAUUUCGGGUCAGUCAUUUGAUCUUUCAGUUGAAUCUGCUUCAUCCUUUGGAACAUGCAGUUCGAGAAGAUUCCACGAACUCAGCACAGAAUAUCUUUCCUCUCAAUGUCUCCAAAUAUUGCUAAAUGUCAAUGUGUCAAGCGCACAGCAGCUGCUUAGUUCUACUGAGAAAAACAUCAUCUAAAUUAGAUGGUUGGAGAAUUAUAGCAGUCUAUUGGCUGUUUUGCGGACGGCGAGAUAGCUGUUGCCACAUGAACAAAAAAGGAUUGAUUUCCUAGUCCAAGAGAUAUGCACAGCAACAAAGUGGAACUGUUUGUAAAGAUUGAGAACUAGAAUUCAGUGAAAAUACUAGGUUUUACUCAGAAUGGAAAUGGACUCUUUAUGGAUCUCUUAAUUUGUAUCAUUACUGAGUAUUUCUGAACGAUCACUCCAAGAAUACUUGGAUGGUAAAUAUGGUAACCAACUCCUGGAAAAUGCUACAUAUGCUGCUUGUCGCUCAUGCACUGAAUCAACUCUGUAUAUAUGCAGAUUGUCAAGAAUUGCUAUGAAAGGCAACAUGAGGGAGAUAUUGGAUGAUGAGUUGCUUGACAAAGUUACGCACCUUUGUUGAAAUAAUGAGGUGAGGAAAGCACCGCAACACAUUAUAUAUUUAAUAAAAAAUGACCAUAGGGAGAAGACAACCCCCAUAGUUUUAUAUUAGAGGGGAGUACUGACCUACAGAGUACCUUGGUUCGAGCCUAGGCCCGCCUCAACUUGAGGCUCUAAAAACUGAGCUAUCGCUCGGUUCUUCUAUAUAAUUAAUAAUACUGAAAACUUCUUUAUUGUUUGCUUUUUCAUGUUGCAACUCAUUAAUCAAUAAUACUCAAACAUUCAAAUUCGUUGUGCUUUUCUGAAAAUGAGUGGAAAUGAUAGGAUGAGGUUAGUUACGGACAAAUUUGCUCUUGCAACUUGAAAAUUGUAAUACAGUACCCCCACCAUUUCAACCUUUGAAUUGGAGGAAUUUCCAAGGAAAUCCAAAGGAUUCUGUCCAUCAGGACUCAGUUCUA